AUGGCAACAACGGGAGAUUUUGCUGGCGCCGCUCCGAUGGUGCCGGCCCCUCACGGCCCAGGGCCGUCCUACCUUCCCAGUCAGCGACAUGCUCACGCCAGCUUGACCUCAAACCUCCUCGACGUCGGCAUCCUGAGGAGCACCAUCCUCCCGUCAUUCGGCCUCCACUCGGGCCUUUCGGUCGCGGCCUACCUCGCCGGCCGCGUCACCAACCGGCUCGAGACCAAGGACUGGCUGUGGCCCAGCGGCAUGGUCCUGAACGCCUGGUGGGCAGCCGUCGGUCGCCACGUCGCCGACGGGGUGCCCGCCGCCGACGCCUGGGCUGCGCUGCAGCGGCCCGAGAAGCUGCUGCUCGCCGCCUUUAGCAUCUGGGGCGGUCGGCUCAUGUGGCGGGUGGCCCGGCGCUCCGUGCAGCGCGGCAAGGACGAGCCGCGUUACGAGCCGGCGAAGCAGGACCCCCAGUUCUGGGGCCUCAAGGCCCUCUUCAGCGUCUAUCUCCCCGAGGCGCUGUUCCAGACCGUCAUCACCCUGCCCUUCUCGCUGCUCUUCCGCACUUCGGCGCAGGAGCGUGGCGUUUCCUGGCUCGCUGCUGGGGCUGGAACGCCUGCCUGGGUGAGCGCCGUGGCUGUCGGCCUCUUUGGCGCCGGCUUUGCGCUCGAGACUUUGGCGGAUCUGCAGCUCGAUCGGUUCAAGGCGAGGAGCGUCGGGACCGAGACGGAGAUGUGCAAAGAGGGUGUUUGGAGCCUUGUUAGACAUCCCAAUUAUCUUGGUGAUGCACUCGUUCACUUCUCGUUCCCUCUGUUCCUAUAUGGCAACAACCUCCUCUCCCACCCGUUGGCGAUUUGUGGUUCAGUUGCCAACUACGUCUUCUUGCGCUACUUUGGCGGAGACAAGGAGAACGAGGCAAGCCAGGAGGAGCGAUACACCAAGGCGAACCAGACCAAGAAGGUCGACUUUCAGAGAUAUCAGCAGGAAGUAAACUCAUUCUGGCCGGGCUUUGAAGCGUUAGCAAACAAGUGGACUUGGAUUGUUGCUGGUUGCGGUGCUGCAGCUGCAGCUCUGGAGCAAGCGAUGCGGUAG